AUGCAGCAGGAGAUGCAGCAGGAGAUAGCCGCACAAGAGCUUCGCGAUGUGAAGCGUUGUCUAGACCUGCGACAUAACAUCGCUCGCACCGCCAAAACGAAGAUUUUCGAUUCUGAGCCGCUCGUUGUACCCAGCUCCUGGUCGAUGUCGGGAGUUCACCUAAAGAGCUUGGUGAAGCAUCCUUUUCUGCUUGAGGAAUACCUGGAAGGCGAGCACUUUUCCCGCGAGGCGAUCAGGAUUCGAAGGGAAUACUUUGAAAUCAAACACUGUGGCUCACCGGAGAUCAGGCGUCUCGCUGCCAUGGAAGCAGACUACAGAGAAAGCCAGGCUUCACGGUCGUUGCUUGAUCUCCUGCUAGAAGCCAUUCAACAUGCAACGCAAAAGCUCAUCUUGGAGCUUACAGAAGGCGAUAAGACUACGAAGAGACCUGUCUUGGAUCUAUGUCGUCGCCUGGUCGCUUAUUCGACCCACACAGAUGAUGAUGGUGAGCUCAUUCGGGCCGUGGAAGCGAUCAAUGAUAUAGAACGAGGACAUAUGCAGUUGCAAUACGAUAACGUGUUGGAACGGUCCACGGAAACUUCGUCAAAGUCUUCGAUGCCUCAUGCAGUCGCUCCACCAGACUCACCACCGCCUUAUCACAUCUGUCUUCCAGCAGAGCCAGCGUCGUCGCCACCACCGGUUGAGACAUCCCCGCCCAAGGAUCCGAGUCGGCUGCGUGUAAAGUUCCAAGAGAAUUUGACAUUGCUCAGUUCAGGUAAGCGAUAUGCAAUCCAGCCCUUCAAACCAGCAUACUAA